CUACGGCCCGUCACACUAGAUCACCUGAAGGCCUGAGAAAUGAGAUCCAUCGCCCAGAAGGCUUUCUUCCCUGCCAACACACACGCAAGGGAUUAUAGAGGAGAAGAGAAGACGCCCAACCCCUCGAAGAUCUCGGUCAUCUGUCUUCAUCUUCCCGAUUGUUAGAUAUAGAAACCCAAGAUUUCUAGAGACGAAGGAGAGCAAAAUCAGAGGGAGAAUGUCUCUGACGUGCGUGAAGAUGAGCGAAGAUGUGUGGUUGACAUGUACGACUCAUGCAUUGUCUACUGAGACUGAAGAGAUCAUGGGACUUCUUCUUGGUGAUAUUGAGUACUCAAAAAAUGGGAGUGUGACUGCACUGAUUUGGGGAGCAUCACCACAAACGAGGUCUGAUCGGCGGAAAGACCGAGUAGAGACCAAUCCUGAACAGUUGGCGGCUGCAUCAGCUCAGGCUGAGAGAAUGACUGUGGCAACAGGAAAAACUACAAGAGUGAUUGGGUGGUACCAUUCGCAUCCUCAUAUUACAGUGCUUCCUUCCCAUGUUGAUGUACGAACUCAAGCAAUGUAUCAACUUUUAGAUUCUGGGUUCAUUGGGCUAAUAUUUUCCUGUUUUAGUGAAGAUGCUCAAAAGGUUGGAAGGAUCCAAGUUAUAGCCUUCCAGUCCACAGAUGGGAAGCAGAGCAACAUGUCAAGACCUAUUUCUCUUUCCCCUGUACACAGAAGUUCAAUUAUAGAUGUUGAAUCAUCUUUUAGUUCCUCAGAGAAUGCACCUGCAAAAUCUGGCCCUGCAAGGGUGGAAAGCUCUGAACAAGACACUGGUGAUUCAAGAACAAUGGCUUUAGUAAACAAGGGUGGGGGAAGAUCUUCAGACUUGGGGGGUUUCUUUGCUAAUGCUGAUGCCAACUAUCUAGGGCGAGAUAAAAUGGGAGGAAACUAUCAUACCAACAACUCUGAGAAUGCCGUUGUUGAUGUAGACCCCAUGGAUAUGUCAGAAAGUAUGCAAGAAGCAAUGCAUCGCUCAAAUUUGGACAUGAGUGGUGCGGAGUAUGUGAGAAAAGAAGUCCCUCUCCUUGUUUUCCCAACCUUGUCUCUUCUCAAGCUCGAUUCACCUUUAACUUCUUUUACGGAUUUGCAACGUGUGCUAUAUGAAGAGGAGAGAGCAGCAUACAACCAGGCCAUUGUACAGAAUAUGAGGGAUGGGAAAGUUCAUCCACUGGCUUUCAUUCAUCACACAUCCACAUAUCAGGCUUCCAUGUGCAAAUUGAUGGAGUAUUGUUUAAGUCCUGCCAUAAAUGCCCUCCAGGACCGUUUGAAAGAAAAUGAAAUACGGCUAGCAAUUCUGACUGAUGAAGCCAGAACUUUGGAGACUGAGGCCUUCAAAGGAAGCGAGUCAAGCUCUGGAUCCCCUCGUAACUUUCAAUCUCAUGGCAUCCGAGGAAGUGCUUCAUUUGGUCAUAGAGACUUAUAUCCUGCUGAAUCCAUUAAUUUAAGGAGUGUUGCUGGUCCUGGUAGCCGGAGCAGAAGAGGGUCUUAAUUAUUCCAAGACAAAUCUCUUCUGGACACAUUGCUUUAGUGCUGUGUGCUGUUGCACCCUGCCAUGGUUAUGUUAUUUUGUUUUCUGCCUUUUGUAUCCUGCAGAUGUUGGUGCCAUUUUUAAGAUUGUAUGAUAUGAGGAUGACCUGUUAUCUAGUGAUUGUAAAUGACAACCGACUUAAGUUAUUAUAUUGUACACAAAUGGUUUAUUAGGAUUCCGAAUUCAAGUCCUUGUUCA